AUGUCAGAAGUGACUGAGAAAUUUGACCAUUGCAUUAUUCAUGGGAAGGAACUUGACUAUUAUUGUCCGAGACACGACGAAGUCAUCUGCGAGUCAUGCAUUGAAAGCAAACAUGAAGGAUGUCGUAACUUAAUUGACGUUGAUCAAAUAUCAAAAGACGCUGACCUCAGUGAAUUAUCAGACAUUAAGCAAGCCUCUGCAGACAUGGAGAAAAAUAUAGAAAGUUUUCUUCAAGAUCAAAAAGAAAACAGAACACAACUUGAAGAGCAGAAGAAUACUAUCGCAGCAGACAUUAAACAUUUUAGGGAUAAGAUCAAUGACCAUCUUGAUCGAUUGCAACAAGAUCUAAUGGAUGAUUUAUCAGAUACACAUACCAAACUCGCCGCUCAAAUCGAGGAAACCAUUAAAGAUCUUGAAAAUAAGAAAUCAAAGCUUGCGUCACUGAUAAUAAAUUUUGAAAAUAUUACCGAGGAAGAAAAAUCUCCGACAAAUUUCAUUAUAGCAAAAAAGGUAAAGAAAGAAUUGACGCGACUUACGAAACCCAUAACUGUUCUACUUCAUGGCUUAAAACAUUCAAAUUUGGAAUUUGACGCCAGUACUGAAGCAGAACUAAUGGUAUUAGAAAUUGAAUCUUUUGGCGCAAUUGCAAUAUCCGAAAAAUCACCAUCAUUACAGUUAUCUUGUAAAAAUGAAGAUUUGAAAUUAAACCUCAAUCCUGCAAGAAAUAUUGCCGAAAUAAGACUGAAAGUUAAAACAGACAUAAGGAUAAAGAAUAAAGCCCAGUUGUCGGUACAGAAGUGUAUUAUACUACCAAGCAACCAAUUUCUUUUCGUCGAUGAGAAAAACGAAAGACUUGUAAUUCACGACCAAGAGGGAUCACAUCACCACGAUAUUAGUGUUUCCGGUAAACCAUUCGAUGUUGUUGUAAUCGAUCCCCGCCGAGUUGCAGUAACCUAUGGUAGGGGCAGACAACUCGAAAUUUUAGACAUUUCGAAACAUAAAUGUGAUAGAAUUAUUAAAACCGCAAAUGAUUGUUGGGGAAUUUGCCAUCGGGAUGGGAAUCUCUUCGUCGUGGUCUACAGAAAGGGAAUUGAAGUAAUAAGUAUUGCUGGAAUGUUGAUAGCCGUCAUUCCUAUCAAUGUAGAUCAUGUCUUUUAUAUUUCGCUUCACGCCGAUAAAAUUUAUUAUACUGACUGGGCAGAAAACACCGUAAACUGCUGUGACUUUAACGGCGAUGAAUUAUGGUGCUACGGGUAUGACAAUGUUGUUUCAGAGCAGGGAAUAGCGACUGAUGCCGAAGGUAAUGUUUUUGUUGUCGGCUAUAGAACAAACAAUGUAAUGGUGACUUCUCCCGAUGGCCGACGUUACAAAGUAUUGUUGAGUGGAGAAUCGGAUGGCCUUAACUGGCCAACAGGACUAUUCUACGACGCACAAGGAGACCGCUUAUUAAUUUGCAAUGAAACGGAUGGGUAUGCUGCACUGUACGACAUAGAGUAA